AUGCGGCGAGGAGACGUUACCGGCGGCGGCAGGAGAGAUGCGAGGGAGAAGGCGGCGGCCGGCGAGAUGCGAGGGAGAAGUGAGGCGGAGAUUACGGAAGUGGCAGCUCAGGCGGCAAACCAGGCCGCAGCUCAGGCCAAUCAGACCGCAUAUCAGACAAACCAGGCCGCAGCUCAAAACAAUCAGGCCGCAGCUCAGGCCAAUCAGACGGCAGUUCAAGCCAAUGAUGUCGAAGUGGCGGCGAUUCAGUGA